UGGAAAGGUGAUGGAAACGUUUCGAGGUGGACGAUGCGGAAUCCAGCUGCCGUAGGAGGAAAGAGGGGUGACACACGUGGCGCAGUCUCUUCGUCCAAGUUCUGUGGAGACGAAAGCUUCCAAUGCUAUUUCGCCAACUCCAUACAGUACGCUUAUCCGCAAUCUUCUCAAAAGGAAGUACGCGCAGCUGGCGCAGCAGCGAAAAGAACAUGGCCGAUGAGGUAGAGAUUCGGAAUCACACUGCCUAAAGAGGAAACCAGCCUGCGCCACCCGUGGCGAUUAGUCAAUUGCGUCAGUCGAAUCUCAAAUACCCAUUGUACAUAAAACAGCGUCAAAAUACCCUUCAAACGCGCAUCAAACACCUCCAAAGCAUACCAAUCUGACGCUCUUCACUGCAUUCUUUCUCAUUUCCGUCUUCUACCUCUCUAUGUCCUUUCUCUCACGAUUCAUUCGCCAAUUCUCGAUGAACUCCGCACCUGCGACUCCGAUGAACGUUCCGGCGGGCGCGCAGACCGCGACGGUGGCAGCUGGAUGCUUCUGGGGCGUCGAGCACAUGUACAGGAAAGCCUUUGCGAAUAAAGGCCUGCUGGAUGCGCGGGUAGGAUACAUCGGCAGCGACAUGAAGAACCCCAGCUACCGGGCAGUAUGCAGUGGGCGCACAGGACACGCCGAAGCCCUCCAAGUAGUCUACGACCCCGAAAAAGUGUCCUACCGCAGCCUCCUCGAAUUUUUCUACAAGAUGCACGACCCCACGACGGCGAACCGCCAGGGCCCGGACGCUGGCUCGCAGUACCGCAGCGCGAUCUUUUAUCAUAAUGAGGAGCAGGAGAAGAUUGCGAGGGAUGUCACGGAGAAGGUGAACAAGCAGUGGUGGAAGGGCGGCGUGGUGACGGAGGUGCUGCCUGCGGGAGAGUGGUGGGACGCGGAGGCGUACCAUCAAUUGUAUUUGGAUAAGAAUCCGGCUGGAUACGAGUGCCCUAGUCACUUCUUGCGGAAGUUCCCUCCACUGACGGAUUGAGUGCAUGGAGCGAGAGGGUGGAUAAUUGUCGACGCUAUGUACGAAUGAAUGACGGAGAUGUACGAAUGGUCACAACAUGAGCACUAGCUCAUAUCUACAAAACUACACAACACUUCUUGCCCAGGUGACAUAUCUUCGGUGCGUCAACGCUGCUAAUCUCGACCCCGAGGUAUAACACGAAUACGACCGACGAACCCGCUGAUGGAGGACCAACAUCGAUGA